UUUUUAUUUUACUUUGAAUUUACAAUAAAAAACGUACGUAGCUCAUGUAAUACUGCGUGUUGUUUUUCUAUAGUUCUUUUUCGUCUCAUUAGCAGAAGCUAGGCAUCUAUAUGUACAUAUCACGUAUUUACAUAUACAAAUAAAACUAAAUUUUCGUACAUUUCUCAACAUCGCAUAAGAAUGACGCGGUAUGCUCUGAUUCCAUACAUGGUACCUAUUCAUGUUAUAUUCAGCCACAUCCUUUGGAUGGACCGAUACGGGCCACCUCCCAAAUAAUACGGCUUUAUCAAUCCCGUGUCGGGGAAACGUUUCCAUCACUUGCUCGGAUACAACUGAAGUCGAGUGGAAAGUAGACACUAGUGACCAAACCACCAACUUUAUAAAGGAGAUCAGUCCAAAUGAAAAAAUUCUCAAAAUAGAGAAAAUCACACCCUACGAUACGGGUAUUUACAAAUGCGUGUCCAAGAAAAACUCCACUAUGUUCAAAAGGCUCAUUAUUACUAUUUGGGGUGACCGACUAAAUGCUGCAGGACUUCCCAAGUACCCGCCGCCUUCGAUCCCAUAUACUGGUCACUUAUCACUGGAAACUUGAGGUAUUGGCCACUGGGUGAAUGUACGAGCAUAAAGCUGAUACUUACCUUUACCUAUCGUCGUCGUAUAGAAAAUGGAAAUUCAUCGCAGCCCAAAGCACGAGUGGAAAACGUUGCUGAAAACAUGUUAAGAAACGAAGUUGUGGUGUGCAAGUCCAGUCGACCUAUGAAAUAUUUAUUAAAAAUUUUUUUUUGAACACCUUGUUAGGUACUUUAUGCUUUAUUUUUUCAUUUUUUGUUAUAUUCGAAGCGGCUGCUCCUGCUGUAUUUUUUUGACAUCAAAAUUGUUUUUAUUUUUAUUUGUUUGUUUGCACGUAUGUUUAAUUGUUUAUUGUCUGCGUGUUCUUCCAUUUUUUGUAGGUUUUUUCUUUCAGUACCUUUUGAGUUUUAUUCAAGAAAUAUUAAUAUUAUGUUUGUAGAAAUUUGUCAAUUGGUUCAUAUGUAUUUCACUCUUGAGUGCAUUUUAAUUGACGAGAAAUUACAAUUUUUGAGUAGAGAA